UUUACAAUUACUUUAUAGGUAAUCGGAUACUACACAGUCCGAAGGAUAAAAUGUCAACACUAACAAGGCCCGUUCUCUCUGCAUCGAGACUGGUGGCCCCUGCAUGCAGAUGCCUCUUUGCAACAGAAUCAGGAUCUUCAGGAAAAUCUGGAAAUGAAGCCCCAAAGCCCAAACCACAGACAUCUAAAAAGGCCACCCCAGACAAAUCUGAGCCAUUUGACAACUCUUCUUACAAAUGUGGGGAAUAUUACCAAAGACAUGAGUUUUCCUUCUUUGAUGUGGAGGGUUCCAUGGAAGCCCAGAGGGUUGGUCAGCCUUCAUCCAAGACGAAAUAAAGAGACAUAUAAAUGAUACAAGUUGUUUUAUUUCAUUAAAUACAUUUUUGAAAAAGUCUAACAAAGUGUAAAAGAACAUGUCAAUAGUUCUGGUUAGUAGAAAAAUAAAAUGAUUUUUUUUACAAGCAAUAAAAGCACAUCUGAAAAGUACAAACAGUUAUAAUGAAUAUACAGAAUGCUUUUAAAAGUUUAGUGUGAUGUUAGAAUGAUUUGCAAUGAUAAUUUAAAAAUGGUUUGGCGUAAAAUAUAUAUAAUAUGAGUUUAGUUACAAGAUUGUUAAUAAAGUGACGAAAGUUC